AUGCGUGGGCUCGUCGGUCUCGAACUGAGAUCAUCGUUGUCGUUUUCGUCGUUGUUCGCCUGUUAUUACUAUUUCCUUCUACCUGUGUACCACGUGCUCGCGGUGACCAGUGAACUGCCACCGCGGCUCGAUUUACCGGAGCAUUGUUCAUGGGACUCGCGUCAAGAUGGCACUGUCACGUGUGUCCAUCGUUACAACGUUAAAGACACCCUCAGAACGAACUUUUCUCAGUCGACCAGCGAAUACGUGACCUCGAUGAACGUCGUCUGCGAGGACACCGAGUUGAUCGAGAACGGUGUCCUGAACGUAGACGGUUUCGUUCAGUUGUGGAGAUUGCGAUCGUUGAGGUUGACCGGAUGUAAACUCGUCCAUUGGCCGGCGAAAGUUCUCAGCGGUCUGCGAGAUCUGCGCAAUCUGACGAUCAGAAGCUUGAACGGGCGCAAGGGCAAGUACAGCCUCGAGUUGGACAGCGGAGCGUUCGAUUCUGUCCCGCAGAUCGAGAAGAUUGAUUUAUCAUGGAACAACAUCUGGCAGAUACCGGAACACUUGUUCUGCCCGUUGUCGAAUCUCCUCACGUUGAACGUCUCUUGGAACAUGCUGAAGGAUAUCUCGGAACUAGGUUUCCGAGACAUCGCGGAGAAACAUCCUCGAGCUCGUCAGCAACAAGAAUCCACACCGUCGUCGUUCUCCUGCUCCCUGGACGUGCAAUCUUUGGACCUGUCGAAUAAUCAAAUUUCCGUGCUGCCUGCAUACGGAUUCUCCUCGCUGAAGAGACUUCGCGUCCUCAACUUAUCGAGCAACGCGAUCUCCAUGGUGGCAGACGAGGCGUUACACGGCCUUAGGUCCCUCGAGACGUUCGACCUGUCCGGGAACAGGAUCGUCGCGUUGCCGACGGAGAUGUUCCGUGACGCUGCCAAGUCGUUGAAGGAGUUACGGUUGCAGAACAAUUCCAUCAGCGUGCUGUCGCCUGGACUCGUAGCGGAUAUGAAUCAGCUGGUCGCUUUGGACCUGUCGAGGAACGCUUUGACCAGUUCGUGGUUGAACUCGGCCAUUCAUAAUCGUAUCAGCCAAUUAGAUCCGGCCUUGUUCAAAGAUCUCUACACCCUUCAGAUACUGAAUCUGCAGUACAACGAGAUCGAGACGAUUCCGGCCGACACGUUCGCGCCAAUGAGCAACCUGCACACUCUGGACCUAGCUUACAACAGAUUGACUUAUCUGGACGCGUACUCUUUGAACGGAUUGUUCGCGCUUUCUCUGCUGUCGCUCGAUUCUAAUCAGCUCGAGGGCAUCCAUCCGGACGCCUUUCGAAACUGCUCGAGCAUGCAGGACUUGAAUCUGUCCGGGAACAGUUUGGACGGUAUUCCGGUCGCUCUGAAAGAUAUGAGGAUGCUUCGCACGUUGGACUUGGGCGAGAACCAGAUUAGAAGCUUGAACAGGCCUGGUUUUCGCGGGAUGUCCAACUUGUACGGGUUACGUAUGAUCGGCAACGAGAUCACCAAUGUAACCAUGGAAGAUUUCGCCGAAUUACCAGCUCUGCAGAUACUGAACAUCGCUAGGAAUAAGAUCGAGAUCGUGGAGGACGGUGUGUUUUCAGCGAAUCCGGCGUUACAGGCGAUCCGUUUGGACUCGAAUUUGUUGCAGGACAUGUCCGGUACGUUCGCCAGCGCUCCCGGACUCCUCUGGCUAAACAUGUCCGACAACAUGAUCGCGCAGUUCGAUUACAGUUACCUGCCGGAGAAAUUGCAGUGGAUGGAUCUGCAUAAAAAUCUUAUUAUGGAUCUCGGCGUCGCGCCACAGGGCAUGAGAUUACAGACGCUCGACGUGUCGUUCAACCGGCUAACGAGGAUACACUCGAGGUCGAUCCCAGACUCGAUCGAGCUUCUGUUCGUCAACGAUAAUCUGAUACAGACGGUCGAGCCGCAGACGUUCUUCGACAAGAAGAAUCUGACCAGGGUGGACCUUUACGCGAAUCAGAUCGUCAAGAUGAACCUCUCCGCGUUCCAACUGACCGAGGUGCCUGGUUAUCGACAACUGCCCGAGUUCUACAUAGGUGGUAACCCUUUCAUAUGCGACUGCACCACGGAAUGGUUGCAGAGAAUCAAUUCUUUGUCGCUGAGGCAACAUCCAAGGGUGAUGGACUUGGAGUCUGUCUACUGCAGGCUUCCGUACGAUCGCCACAAGUCUUUCAUCCCGUUGCUGGAGGCGAAACCGUCUCAGUUUCUCUGCACGUACAAGGCGCACUGUUUCGCUCUUUGUCAUUGCUGCGACUUCGACGCGUGCGACUGCGAGAUGACCUGCCCGACGAACUGCACUUGCUAUCACGACCAAUCCUGGUCGGCGAACGUGGUCGACUGCUCCAACUCUGGCUACAAAACCCUACCUGGUCGAUUACCGAUGGACGCGACCGAGGUUUACCUGGACGGGAACAAUUUCGGCGAAUUGAACUCGCAUUCGUUCAUCGGCCGGAAGAACCUGCAGAUCCUGUACGCGAACGAUAGCAACAUCAUCGCCAUUAGGAACCACACUUUCAGCGGGCUGAAACGGUUGCUGGUCCUUCAUCUGGAGAACAACAAGAUAAGCGUGCUGAACGGCGUGGAACUGAUGCCGUUGGAGAACCUGAAGGAGCUCUACCUACAGAACAAUCUACUCGCGUACAUCGAUAACGGCACGUUUCUUCCGCUACGUCAGCUGGAAGUGUUGCGGCUGGAGAACAAUCGGCUAGGAACUUUCGCCGUUUGGCAGCUUGGCCAGAAUCCUUAUCUCGUUGACAUUGGCUUAUCGAGCAACCCGUGGAGCUGCGAAUGCUCCUACCUCGACCGGGUGCGUGAAUGGAUGUCGAGGAACAGGGCGAAGAUCAGCGACUGGAGGAGCGUCACCUGUUCGCUUGGCGUGCCUAUAACUCUUCCGGCGAACGGAUCGGUCAUAAAUUGCGCCGCAUUAACGGGCACGACCUCUGUAAUCGAGACUCGACCGCUCGAGGCUUAUUUGCCGCUACUGCUUGCCACCGCUGUCCUCAUUUUUGCCAUGGUAGCGCUCGUGUGCGGCGCAUUCAGGCACCGACGUACGCUCAGGACAUGGGCAGCUAGUAGAUGUGGCCUGAGAGCGUGUUACAAGACGGCAGCGUUCGAGGAACAAGAGAAACCAUUCGACGCUUACAUCUCUUACUCAGCUGUCGACGAGGCUUUUGUUUCUACCAUUCUGGUCCCAGGUUUGGAGACCUCUUACCGACUGUGCUUGCAUUAUCGUGACCUGGGUGCCGGUAGCAACGUCGCCGACGCCGUUGCGGAAGCAGCGGAUUCCUCCAGGCGUACCAUCCUGGUAUUGUCGAAGAACUUUCUGCACGGAGAGUGGGCCAGGUUCGAGUUUAAAGCGGCCCUGAGGGACGCUCUGAAAGGGAAGGGCCGGUCGGUGAUCCUGCUGCUGGUAGGCGGUGUGUGUCCACGAGAUCUCGACGCCGAUCUCAAAAAGAGAAUCUCGUCGCACACCGUGCUGGUGUGGGGGGACAAGUUGUUUUGGCAGACCCCUGCCAUUGCCGCCGCCGCCGCCGCCCCCGGUGCAGCA